AUGAGCGGGAUACAGAAUACUCCUGACACGCCUUCUUCCUCGGCAGCUACUGGAAGUACCCCCCAGCAGGGGGAUAUGGCUACCUUGCCAACUGAACAAGAAACUCGCAACUCACCAGGCGAAGAAGAAGCAGAUCAAAUCCUCAAUUUCGACACCGAAUCUUGGGCAGCCUCUGGCCUCCAAAAAGCCGAGGUGGAGGCUAAAAUCACGAUGAACGACUUUGCCGCUCCACCGUAUUUGUCGCACGAAAGUUAUAUGAGGUUGCUAGGCUCUGCUAGUGGGGUUAUCAAAGUUACGAAAUGGACUGAUGCGGUCUGCUUCGCUAUGCGCAAAGCUCCCGAGGACCCUGUACCUGAUGCUCCAGUACCUAUACGCUUGGACGAUGAUUCCGGGCGAAGUAUUGUGUCCAGGAGCUACAGAAUACCAGCGGAACAGGUGAAGAACGUGGAUUUUGGGGGCUCUAUACACGGUGAGAAUCUGCCUGGGAGUGAGGAAGCUUUUUUCGUUGUCCACGAUCCCCUGCUUGCCGACGGCUCUCAACAUUCACAGAAGAAAGGGCUGGGUCUGGUAAAUCUUGGCGAGUGCCUCAGGCUCGGGAAGAACAUGCUACGUGUUCAUGCAAAUGGGAGCUCGAAGCAGAUGGGGCGACUAUCUGACGUCGAGGAGAAUUGGCGUACAGAUUUUAUGUGGCUGGUUAUGGGCUUCACUGGAAUGAGACUUCUUGUGCCACGACUUUUCCUUUCAUCGGCCUGUGUCAAUGGUGGAGCAUUGGUGGGAAUCACCAAGCUUCAUGUAGUUGAGCUCGAUGAUGCUUUAAUUGUCAACAUUCAGUCUGGGUUCCGUGUACAUCAAGUGGCAUGGUCGCUCCACUCACAGGUGGAAGACGCACAAACAAGGAUGUUAAUUGUCCCCCCUUGCGACAAUUCUCUUGCCUCUGCAGUGAGCGAUAUCCUGGGUUCAUGUGGCCGGGGUUCAUUAGGGCCUAUCAAAGUUGUGGUUUCCAAUACCCAGAACGAAGACUUACGCUGCGGAGCACCGUUCUGUGAACGGAGAGGAACCUUGAACGUUCCCAGAAGCGCACAAGAAUUACCGCAGAAGGGCAGCGCUUAUGUGUUGAAUCGAGGAGACACGAAGGGCCUUUCAACAGAACCAGGGACUUCAAAAUGGCUAAGAAGCUUGGUAGCCGAGGGUGGGCUGGUGGGUGGUUGCAAAGCGAAUGAAAAACAUCCGGUCUUAUACAGUGAACCUAUCAUCGGAACGAUGGAGGCAGCAGAAUCCCCGACAAUGUGGAGGUUCCGAACAGAUACGAAAGAAAGCACAAAGCCUAUGUCAUCGUCUUCUACCAGCACCAUCGCUCAUCAUCCGCCACAAGACAUCUCAUUAUCAGCCUGCCAGACGAUAUCCGAUCAAAGAAGACCUCUUCAGCUACAAAAGGCUAGAGAACUCUUUGAGUUUAGCCUUAAGCCUGCAGCAGUGGAUCUGGAUAUUCAGCCUUCGCCUGGGAAUCCAGGCAAUACGACUCGGCAAGACAACUCUCAUGGAAACCCGUUGCUUGUGAUUGAUUCAGCUACUCGCCAGUUGAGAAACCUGCACAAAGCAGAAAAGUAUGUUGCAGUCAGUUACACAUGGGCAGAGUACAGUGCCGGAGAAAACCAAAGUGUCAUAGAAACAGUAGAGAGGACCACAGGAGCCACAGCCAUAUGGAUGGACAAACUGUGCGUACCAAAACAAGAACCUGAGAGGCAAAGAGUACUGAGCGCCAUGGGGGCAAUCUACCGCGAGGCUACGCUUGUCGUGGUCAUGCUGACAAAAAUGCGCUCCAAGCUCUCUGCCUCCAUCCGCGAUGAGCAUCAGGUCUUCGAUUGGGAAGAGGAUAGACGAGCGAAUGCGAGCUUCCUGCAAGAAUAUCGCGAGAGGGGGUGGCGUACGAGGGUUUGGACCGCCCAAGAGAGCUUUUUGAGCCGCAAAGCUAUAGCUGUCACUACCGACGGUGUUACUUGGAUCAGUUAUCUGGAAGCACUAUUGGCAAAUGAUGUGAUGGGAUGGGGAAGUGUGACUCAAGUUGGGCUUGCGUCUAACGAUUCUUGCACUGUUGUCUCAGCCCAGACACAUUUCACAGGGCCCCUCGCCUUUACUAACACUGUUCUGGCUGGUGGGGGACUUCAAGGGUCCAGGGGACGAGUCUGGAGCCUCGCAGAAGCUGUCACAGCCACUACGGGUCGACAAUGCGCGAGAGAAGAGGACAGGAUCUACGGUGUCUUAGGCCUUUUGGGGAUCAAGGGCACUAAUGUCGAGUGGGAAUACGGUAUUGGGUGGCAGGGCGCUCUACUAAAGGUCGCCAAAGCCGUUGGGAUAAGUCCGAUCUGGCUACUUGGGGGUUCUGAGUCCGGAUCGCCAUGCGAGGGGUUCUCGUGGAUGCCGAGAAGCCUCGCAGAGCUGGAAAAAAGGGGAUCAGCAAAUGUGUUUCACGAGGAAUCGGACCAAAAAAGUCUGAAGGUCAAGGAUUCCGGAGUGGAGUUAGAUCACCCUAUCGCCGCGGGGGUAAUCAAGGCCAUUACGUUACAGAAGGGCGGAGCGGUUGAGUGUGUGGUCAGGAUCUAG